UAGAUACUAUGAAAUUCAAUCUCACAGUGUUAUUUUCGCUACUCCCCGCCGCUUUGGCGUACAUGGACACUGCCUCAUUUUAUUCUUCUGAGUCUUUGGAUGUAUCUGGCCAACAUUACAUUGUCGAGUCCACAUCAUUACAUGGUGCUAUGAAUGCUCUUACUAAAGGUGCAUGCUCUGGAUCGGCCAAGAAAUUGACGGUAUACCGUGUAUCCAACUUGGGUCAUGCUAAAGUUGACAAUGCUGAAUUCUUUGCUAAGCAUGUUCAUUAUAAAGGAGCUGAAGCUUUAGACCUUCCAAUCUCUAAUAUUUGUACCAAGGAACAAGUCAAAUAUGUCACUUCUACCGACGAAUUAGAUGAAGAAUCUGACUCUCCUGUGGUAAUUGUUGACCUUGAAAACAUCCUGUCUUCUGCUGACAUGUUGAAGUCUGAUCGUGCUGUAAUCAUCCAAGGUGUCCCAUCUUUCCAUUCUCCAGAAUCCAAAUUGGAAUCUGUUAAGCAUUAUAUUGAAGAUAAGGCUCAAGAGAAUUUCAACUUACCACUUGAUUUUGACCAAGUGUUGAAGAAAAGAGACACUCCAACUAAGUAUGAAGAUGAAGAGUUUGAUAAGCUUGUUUCCGAAGUCGAAGAUGACUUUAGAGCUGCUGAAUCUUAUAUUGCACAAGAAGGGUCCGACAUGCCAGUCCAUGCCCUUACCGAUGCAUCAGAUGCUCCUAUUGCUUCCGUCGCUGGAAACUACACCAAACCUUCCCACUCUUCGCUCUUCACCAAGUACGAGUACUUCACUCCAGGAAUCUUCCAAACCCUUUUGGUAUCAUGGAUUUUGAUCUCUGUCUUGUAUAUUGCAUUGUCUUGGAUCUCCUCUAUUGAGAUUACCUACAAAUCCUUUGACAAGCAAGUUGACUUUGAAAAGAAAACUGAAUAGAAUCGGUAACGAUAAAAAUGCGACUA